GCCAUGGCCUCCAACGAUUACAGCCAGACCGCGACGCAAAGCUAUGGGGCCUACCCCACGCCGCCAGGUCAAGGUUAUUCCCAACAAGGCAGCCAGGCCUAUGGGCAACCGAGCUACAGCGGCUACAGCCAGGCCCCGGAGGCGGCCUACGGGCAGAACAGCUACAGCCCCUCUUAUGGGCAGACCCAAAGCAGUUACAGCACCCCGUCCACGCCCCCGGCCUACGGCGGCCCCGGCGGCUACGGCGGCGGCGGGCAGGGCUCGCAGAGCUCCUACGGGCAGGCGGGCGCCUACCCCGGCUACUCCCAGGCACCCAGCGGGGGGUCCUCGUCCGUCAGCUACAGCAGCAGCGCGCAGAGCUCCAGCUACGGGCAGCCCCCCAGCAGCGGCUACAGCCACCAGGGCAGCUACAGCGGGCAACAGCCCAACUACAGCCAACAGGCGGCCUACAACCCCCCCCCCAGCUACAGCCAGCAGAACCAGUACGGCGGAGGAGGAGGAGGAGGAGGCUCCAGCUACAGCCAGGAGGCGCCGUCGCUGAGCAGCGGGGGGGGGUACCAGGACCAAGGCUCCUAUGGGGGGGCGCCGGCGGAGCGGAGCCGGGGCCGUGGGGCCUACAACCGGGGCGGCUACGACCGGGGCGGCCGCGGCAACCGGGGAGGCCGCGGAGGCAGCAACGCUAUGGGCGGUGGUGAGCGCGGUGGCUUCAAUAAAUUCGGGGGACCCCGGGACCAAGGGCCAAGGCAUGAUGCAGGCGACCAGGAUAACUCGGACAACAACACCAUCUUCGUGCAGGGCCUGGGCGAGAACGUCACCAUUGAGUCGGUGGCCGACUACUUCAAGCAGAUCGGCAUCAUCAAGACCAACAAGAAGACGGGGCAGCCCAUGAUCAACCUCUACACGGACCGCGAGACCGGCAAGCUCAAGGGGGAGGCCACGGUCUCCUUCGAUGACCCCCCCUCCGCCAAAGCCGCCAUCGAUUGGUUCGACGGCAAAGAGUUCUCGGGGAACCCCAUCAAGGUCUCGUUCGCCACGCGGCGCGCUGACUUCAACCGCGGCGGCGGCGGCGGACGGGGCGGCCGCGGACGGGGAGGCCCUAUGGGUCGCGGCGGUUUCGGCGCCUCCUCCUCGGGCUCUGGGUCCCGGGGGGGUUUCCCCAGCGGCGGUGGGGGGCAGCAGCGAGCGGGGGAUUGGAAAUGCCCCAAUCCGGCCUGCGAGAACAUGAACUUCUCGUGGCGUAACGAAUGCAACCAAUGCAAAGCCCCCAAACCCGAGGGGGGGCCCGGGCCCCACAUGGGGAAGUACCCGGGGGGAAGUGGGGCAGGAGGAGGAGGAGGAGGAGGAGGAAGCCGAGGAGGCGGAGGCGGCUUCGGCGAGGAGCGGCGCGGAGGGCGCGGAGGCUUCGAGCGCGGCGGCUACAGGGGGGGGAGGGGCGGGGAGAGGGGGGGAGGGGGCUUCAGGGGAGGAAGAGGAGGAGGAGGAGAGAGAGGAGGGUUCGGGCCCGGCAAGAUGGACUCCAGGGGCGACCACCGGCAGGACCGUCGCGAGAGGCCGUACUGAGCCCCCUAUAUCCCGCCCCAUAUCCCGCCCCA